AUGCCAGGAUAUACUUCCAAUCACCCAACCACCAACCUCCCUCAAUUCUCCAUGCCCAUAGCCCAUGCAAUGCUCAAACGAUGUCUUUGCGAGGAGUGCAUUGAGAAAGGUGGAUAUGACGAGAAAGGCGCACCAAAAGGAGUGCUCAUGGCCAAACACUUAAUCGUGUCUCAUAUCUUGCAUGUAAAAGCGGAAUGCACCGCAGACAACACGUCAUCAGUCGUCGUCAUCACUGACAAUCUUUGUCGCUUGACCCUUGAUACGGAUGUACUGGUCAAUAUUUCUCUGAGCUCGACAGUACAAACUGUCGAGCUCAAACCUGACACAGUACCUGUCUCAAAAAAGGGAUGCAAUCAAUGCACCGCAAAGACAUUGGUUGUCCUUGACAACAUUGAGUCUCGGAUCCAGCAAUGCUUUCACUUGUUGCUGCAUUCUUGUAGCAUUGAUCAUGUUGGUCGCGAACUACAUUUACUUCGUAAAGCUAUGCAAAAUGUCAUUCGGCAGACCGAUAUCAUAAUUGCACGAAAGAAGGCAAUCAAAUUGCAGAUAGACAUAUUGGCAACCCAGUGCAGCACUCACGAGCCAUCCGAUGAUACACCCGUCGAGAUCAAUACCAGUAAGUGA